AUGGUUCUCACUUCGAGUAGUGCACCCAAUUCUCCCAAGAAAACACGGCCUUCCCCAACCAAAAAUGCCCAGCCUCCCAAGGGUGCAAAAACCCCUGCCAAACUCACCUCUUCUUCCAAAACAAAGACCUCAGCUCCCCCCAAGCAAAAGAACCGCACCUCUACCGACCGCUCAUCAUCGAAACCUUCCUCGAAACCUGCCCCGAAUCCCCAGGUUCCAGCUGAUUCUUCGUCAACACAAACUGGUAAAGCGUCCGAUCGUGCAGAGCAGGCGAAGAGGGUGCGUGCCGAGCUUCAUGAGCACCAACGUAUCCGCUCGUAUGCUUUACUAGAUGCUGCGCGAGAACGGGCUAAGAAGGAGUGGGGUUAUGAUUCAGUAGAGGCACGUCGUACCAUGACAGAGCAGUGUGUGGCCCGCUCGAAGGGUGCUAUCACACCUCACGUGUGGCAGCUAGACAUCGCGGAGUGUCUGGUGUUGGGGAUCGACUGUGAGCUGAUCGCACCGACGGGUUCAGGGAAGACAAUUGCGUUUAUGUUGCCGGUAUUCUACUGGGAGCAAGCUCGCAAAGAAGAGAGUGGUGAUAAAUCGAACGGGAAGACGAACCAGAAGGAAAAGCCAAAGGUCUUGAUUGUGGUCUCUCCCUUGAACAGUCUUGAAGCGGACCAGGCUCGUCGGUUCACUGAGGUUGGCCUCUCGGCAGUCGCUCUUAACGGGAAGACUUACUCUGACAAGAUACUGAAGGACAUAGAAGACGGCCGUAUCAAUGUGGUCAUCACCUCACCUAAUAUGUGCUUGGAACACGACAAAUUUCGCUCUCUGCUCAACAAAGCUUGUUUCGCCAAGCGCAUUGGAGCCUUCGUCGUCGAUGAGGCUCACUGUAUCACACAGUGGGGUGAGAAGUUCCGCGAGAUCUACUCAAAGCUCGGGACCCUUCGUGCAUUUGCAGCUCACACACCGUUCCUCGCAACAUCCGCCACACUCACUCCGGAUGAUCUGACAGCUAUCCGCAAGUCCGUCCAUUUUUCGAAACCGGACACCUUCCACCUCAACCUCGGUAACGAUCGCGCGAACAUUACCUGGCACGUUGUGCACAUGAACGCAGGCAAAUCGGACCUCGAGUCGCUCGAGUUCCUUCUCCCGAAGGACUCGAACGCUGAGCGUCUCGGAAAGGUCGUCAUCUUCUUUGACGAUAUCCUCCUCUCGAUGAAGGCGUGGCGAUGGUUUCGAGAACGAUUACCAGAACACUUACGAGGACGCGUAGCUUAUUAUAACUCCCGUCGUGGCGAAGACUCCAAGAUAGACGCGGCCGCUCGGUUUUGCGACGAUAAGACCGACAUCAUGUUUUCGAGUGAGGCUUGGGGCAUGGGUUGUGACUUACCGGGCAUUGAGUCCGUCGUCCAAUUCAUGGUUCCGGCAUCGUUAUCGAUUUGGCUCCAGCGUGCUGGGCGCGCCGGUCGGAAGAAGGGUUCGCAGGCGAGCGCAUACCUGUUGGUGCAACCCACGGUGUUUCAGGAGAAGAAUAAGAAAAAGAGAGAGGAGGGGGACGAGGUUGAGUUCAUGAAGGCCGUUGAGUCGAACUUACGGCGAUGGAUCCAGACCUGUGACUGCCGCAGGGAUGUGGCGGAUGAGUACUUCAAUAACCCCGUGGAUCGGGAAGAAAUAGAACCGACCGGAGAGUGCUGUGAUAUCUGCGAGGGAUUGAUGCCGGACGUUGUGGUGACGGCCCUGGCCACGUAUCGUCGAUGGCGUACUUCGGAGGAUCUCCAGUUCGCUGCGGCAGAUUGGAUGUGGAGGGAACAGCACGCGGACGAGGUUUUGAAGCUCUUGAAGGAACUCGACGAGCGUGUAGACGCGGAGAAGGAAGUUGCGAAGCGAGCAAAGGCGGACGCGCGCAAGGCUGAGACCAAGAUGAGGCGAGAGGCGAAGAAGAGGGCGAGGGAGCGCGACGAUGACUCGUCGUCGUCGUCGUCGUCGGAUGAAGAGCCACUGAUGGCGCUCGUCGAACGCGCUCCCAAGCGCCCGCGUGUUUCGCGUUCUCACGAAGCGACGCGACCUUCAACGCCGCCACCUCCGGCCUCUCCUCUCCCCCUCACUUCACCUCUGCCAUCCACGAAAUCUUCUGAUGAGCCGGUAUGCUACUCCAACGUCACUCACUAUCCAUCUUCACGCUGA